UCAAAUUCACCCCUUCAGUCCACAAGGAUUGGAUCUGUUGCUGGGCCUCCCACUCAGUUAUUUACCUUCCUCAAUAGGGUUAGGAGAGACAGCUCACUCUGAUGGCAACUUCCCACCUGUUGCUGCUGGGACUUUGUGUGACUAUGUUCUUGGUCACUGAAGGGAUUCCUCCUGGUUUCACUCCAGCUCAGUGGUUCAAUGAGCAGCAUGUGCAGUAUCCCAAGACGGAUGCCUCCAGUGACAAUGCAUAUUGCAACAGUGAGAUGAGACGACUCAAUCAGCAUUUCACUCUGUGCAAAGACUUCAACAGCUUCCUGCACUACCCACUUAACAAUGUCAUCAUGGUUUGUUACGGGUACAACAUCACCUGUAAGAAUGGAGUGGAUAAGAACUGCUAUAAUAGUACAACAGCUGUUUCCAUCACAGACUGUCGAUGGACCAGUGGUGCUCAUCCUAACUGCCGCUACAGUGGAGGAUCUAAACAGGCAUACUUUGUUGUUGCCUGUAGGCGCCCCUUGCCAGCAGACCAUAGUAGAAGAAGAUUGCUUCCAGUGCAUUUGGAUAGCACUUAGGGGUGAUACCCCAUACUUGUAUCUCCUUGAUUUCUAAUCUCUCAGUGUUUUGCCCUUUCAUUUCAAGAUGCACUAUGGAAAUCUGCUCUCUUGCUUUUUUUCCUGCACAAAUUUCAGCAAUCCUAUCCUACCCAUGAGUUUUUCAGGAAUUCUUCAGGAAAAGGUUUUUAUGGGGCUGAGCUUACCUUUCUGGGUGGCUUUACCAGGGCAUGAGACUCUCCUAUUACUCUUUAGCCUGAUGCUUAUAGAUGAAAUUGACCUCUCUUAUUCUCCACCCCAGCAAUGAUGUGGAAUAGAAUACUCUAUUUCUCUCACUUCUCCCUAUUUCUUCACCUUUCUUACCUUACUUAACACCUUAGAUCCAAGCAGAGGGUAAAGGAGGAGAUAGAUAAGUAUGCUUUCAUUCUGGCUUCUUGCCAUCUCUUCACUCUGCUGCUUCCAUUCUUUUUUCAUUCUUCAGCAAUAUCUUUUUCCAUCUCUGGGUAUUCUGAUUCUGGGUACCACUCCCCCAUAUUUCCUGCAUUAAGCUUUUCCCUCUUUAAAAUGUAAGCUCCUUGAGGGCAGAGAUUAUCCUCCUUGUUUAUACUUUUAUCCUCAGUGAGUGGUACCUAGUAAUUGCUCAAUAAUUGCUUUUCUAAACCUGGAAAGAGUUAUAUGGACUGAUGCAGAGUGAAGGAAACAGAACCAAGAGAACAUUGUACACAGUAACAGCAAUACUGCAUGAUGAGCAACAGUGAAUGACUUUUCUCUGUAACACAAUAAUCCAAGAGAAUCUCAAAGGAUUCAUGAUAAAAAUGCUAUCCACCACCAUAGAAAGAACUGAUGGCAUCUGAAUACA